GUAGUCAGAGGUGUAGUGUAGUUUGAUUUACGUGCGCAGUUGUUGGAGCAGCACCCCAGCUUGCGGUGUGCGCCCCUGGCGACGCGUUUAACGCGUUUUCAGUGUGCCCUCACGCACGGCGCGAGUUUCUGCGCUUACUUUGCCAACCACUACAUCCCUUAAGGCUACAUCGCUUGAUUGUCUUGGACUGUUCAAAGGCACAAUGGCUCGCCCCCGCCGCGCUGGCGCAGCGCUGGCGCUGCUCCUGCUGGUUGCCGGCGCAGCUCUUAUGAUGAUGGCGCCUGGCGCUGACGCUGGCCGACAGGGCAUCUCGCUUGCAAGCUCAAAUGCACAAACACUAUACCAGGCGAGGCGUGGGCUGCUUGCAUGCAGCCUGAGCUGCUCGUCGCUGGCGACAUGCAUCAAGGCCUCGUGCGUUUCCUCGGACGGAGUCUCCACUACGGUCGUGAAGCUGGACUUCACCGCCUGCAAGGGAUCCUCCAUUAGUUGGUAUUGCUGCAGCGCCGCCGCCACCGGCGCCCCCGGCGGCUGCACUACGACGUCCUGCAACGGCGUCACCAUUGCGGCUGGGGGCUACUGCGACACAGUCCUCACCUCCACUAUAAAUGUUGUGUACGGCGCCACCUUCGUCACCCUGCAGGUGCACGACGGCCAGCUCAGCGGCAACACCGACUGCGGUGUCCAGAGCACCUGCGCGGGCUGUGGCGGCUCAUGCGGCGAUGGCGUCUGCAGCAACGUCGUUGUCCCCAUCACAGGCCUUGCAGCCUGCACUGCCAAGCCGCCCUCGCCUGCUCCUCCCUCGCCCAAGCCACCGUCGCCCGCCCCUCCCUCGCCCGCGCCACCCUCCCCUAAGCCGCCGUCGCCCGCUCCUCCUUCCCCCACUCCUCCUUCCCCCGCUCCUCCUUCCCCCCCCCCUUCGCCUGCGCCUCCGUCGCCCGAGCCCCCGUCGCCCGCGCCUCCCUCUCCCGCCCCUCCCUCCCCCGAGCCCCCUUCGCCUGCCCCUCCCUCGCCCGAGCCUCCGUCACCCGCGCCUCCCUCACCCGCCCCUCCCUCCCCCGAGCCCCCUUCGCCUGCGCCUCCGUCGCCCGAGCCCCCGUCGCCCGCGCCUCCCUCUCCCGCCCCUCCCUCCCCCGAGCCCCCUUCGCCUGCCCCUCCCUCGCCCGAGCCUCCGUCACCCGCGCCUCCCUCACCCGCCCCUCCCUCCCCCGAGCCCCCUUCGCCUGCCCCUCCCUCGCCCGAGCCUCCGUCGCCCGAGCCCCCUUCGCCUGCCCCUCCCUCGCCCGAGCCUCCGUCACCCGCACCUCCCUCUCCCGCCCCUCCUUCCCCCGAGCCCCCUUCGCCUGCCCCUCCCUCGCCUGAGCCUCCGUCGCCCGAGCCCCCUUCGCCUGCCCCUCCCUCGCCUGAGCCUCCAUCGCCCGAGCCUCCCUCUCCCGCCCCUCCCUCCCCCGAGCCCCCUUCGCCUGCCCCUCCCUCGCCCGCCCCUCCCUCCCCCGAGCCCCCGUCGCCCGCCCCUCCCUCGCCUGAGCCUCCGUCGCCCGAGCCCCCUUCGCCUGCCCCUCCCUCCCCCGAGCCCCCUUCGCCUGCCCCUCCCUCGCCCGAGCCUCCGUCACCCGCACCUCCCUCUCCCGCCCCUCCUUCCCCCGAGCCCCCUUCGCCUGCCCCUCCCUCGCCUGAGCCUCCGUCGCCCGAGCCUCCCUCUCCCGCCCCUCCCUCCCCCGAGCCCCCUUCGCCUGCCCCUCCCUCGCCCGCCCCUCCCUCCCCCGAGCCCCCGUCGCCCGCCCCUCCCUCGCCUGAGCCUCCGUCGCCCGAGCCUCCCUCUCCCGCCCCUCCCUCCCCCGAGCCCCCGUCGCCCGCCCCUCCCUCGCCUGAGCCUCCGUCGCCCGAGCCCCCUUCGCCUGCCCCUCCCUCGCCCGAGCCCCCUUCGCCUGCCCCUCCCUCGCCCGAGCCUCCGUCGCCCGAGCCUCCCUCUCCCGCCCCUCCCUCCCCCGAGCCCCCUUCGCCUGUCCCUCCCUCGCCUGAGCCUCCGUCGCCCGAGCCUCCCUCUCCCGCUCCUCCCUCCCCCGAGCCCCCUUCGCCUGCCCCUCCCUCGCCGGAGCCUCCGUCGCCCGAGCCUCCCUCUCCCGAGCCCCCUUCGCCGGCCCCUCCCUCGCCUGAGCCUCCGUCGCCCGAGCCUCCCUCUCCCGCUCCUCCCUCCCCCGAACCCCCUUCGCCUGCCCCUCCCUCGCCCGAGCCUCCGUCGCCCGCGCCUCCCUCUCCCGCUCCUCCCUCCCCCGAGCCCCCUUCGCCUGCCCCUCCCUCGCCCGUGCCUCCGUCGCCCGAGCCUCCCUCGCCCGAGCCCCCUUCGCCUGCCCCUCCCUCGCCUGAGCCCCCGUCGCCCGAGCCUCCCUCUCCCGCUCCUCCCUCGCCCGAACCCCCUUCGCCUGCCCCUCCCUCGCCCGAGCCUCCGUCGCCCGCGCCACCCUCUCCCGCCCCUCCCUCCCCCGAGCCCCCUUCACCUGCUCCUCCGUCGCCCGCGCCUCCAUCUCCCGCCCCCCCUUCCCCGGAGCCCCCUUCGCCUGCGCCUCCCUCGCCCGCGCCUCCUUCACCUGCCCCUCCCUCUCCCGCCCCUCCCUCCCCGGAGCCCCCUUCGCCUGCCCCUCCCUCGCCGGCGCCUCCUUCUCCUGCGCCUCCCUCGCCGGCCCCUCCCUCGCCUGCGCCUCCCUCCCCCGCCCCUCCCUCUCCCGCCCCUCCCUCUCCCGCCCCUCCCUCUCCCACUCCUCCCUCUCCCGCGCCCCCCACCCCCAAUAUCGCCGCGUGCACCGUGCCCUCCACCUGCCCUGCCAAUAGCGUUUUGACCGCGGCCAACAUCCCCAACAUGGCUUGCUCCACCUGCGUGCCGUUUGAGACUGACCCCGCGCGCACCGUCAAUGGCUUCUUCAGUGCCGCCGGCGGCUGCAUCGCCAAGCCCACCGGCACCUACACCUACACCGACCCCCUGACUGGCAACACCGCUGCCACCGCGCCGCUCUACCUCAUGACCGACGGAACGACGCAGCUGCAAAGCUUCCUGGGCUAUGCCGUCGUUGGCGCCAGCAAGGCCAUCGUCUGCUACAACGACACCACCUACACCACAGUGAGCAAGUACAUUUACGUGGAGCGCAUCCUCACGGAUACCACCAACUAUGCCUGCCUCUCCUGCUCCUGGUUCCGUCUGUACACUAUCACCAAGCCCUCCACCUGCACCUGCCGCUCCGACACCGCCUGGGCCUUCCCUCUCAAGUCAGUGUUGGACAGCUGGACCCUGGCCCAGGCCGCCUCCACCACUGAGAUCCUGCUGCCCUCCGGCUCCUACCCCGGCAACGUGUACUGGGCUGCGCGCGCCGACACGUCCGCCUGGGGCGGCUACUUCCGCUUCGCGCCCGCCACGAGCAGCAGCCCCUUCAAAGUCGGCACAACAACAACGUACACGUUUGACAUGUGCGCGGGCUGCGCCCAGAACUCCAUCGGCAAGGGCUACAUCAUGGGCAAGCUGAGCUUUGUGUUCACCAACGCCAACGGCGCUGCCGCCACCUACGUCUUCUUCGCUCCGGCCCCGGGCGCCAGCGUCACCUCUUCCGCGCUGCAAGUGUACCAGAGCUACAUCAGCCCGCCCACUUUCACUCCCGGCCAGUUCAAGAACUUCGACACCCUCUCCGCCGUCACCGUGCCCUUCGGCUAGCUACGGCACCACCUUCACCGUCUCCAAGAUCGCUACCGGCGCCGUCGCCUACGGCAGCUCUACCGCCAACGUGCCCACCGCCAUGACCUCCAACGGGGUGUACAUUGCAGUCCACAUGGCCGUCGGCGGCUCCUUCUGCGAUGGCAACCCGCCCUACAACCUUGUAGUUCCACAGUAAUGCACCAAAUGUGCUCUUUAGUGCAUGCGCAACCAGCGCAUUGCGUGCUGCCAUGCAUAAACAACGGCUUUGUCUGCUUUGAGAGAAGGGUAGAUAUGAUAUAAUGACAUGAACGGAUGGCACCUGCAUGGUGUGUGUGCGUGUGAAACCGUGUAAAUACUCCGUACGGAUGGUCAUGUAUAGUACUGGGUCGGCAGCGGGGCAUCAGUCCUUUGCAUUUGAGAGAUCAAGCUAAAGCUAAAGUUGUAGAGGACAAUUGAGAGCUGGUGCGAUAGAUAAGCGUGCUGGGUUCCCAGCAUGGACCGACCGUAUUGUUUGCUAAAACCAAGAAAUGAACACCAUUACCCGCUGCUGUUGAAGUGCGCUGCAUCCUGCUGCUGCCUCCUGUGGAUGCGGUUUGUAUUGCAAGUCUGCAAACGCUGCACGACUGAAAACCACCCUGGGCAAUCAAGCUGUGGCCGCUCCCAUCCAUCUGCGCUGCGUCCGCACAUAUGAUGCACGAUGGUUUAUAUUUUCUGCCAACCACGAGAAAACCAUGGAUCGCAGGGUAUUGUACGGCUUAUCAAAUUUGGGCGUGCUUGUGUCUCUUGUGGCAUGCCAGUGGCUGUGGUGCAUACGCGGCCGGUGAAGAACGCGAGCGGUGCAAUGGUGGUGCCCCUGGCUGGUGUUGUGCGUGUGCGCAUAUGAGUACGGCGGGUUCGGACCUGUGGGUCUCUCCAUCUAUCUAUGCUUAAUCACAGAAUAGUCACAGCUCUGCAUGAGGGGUCAUCACUCUGCACGUGCCACUUUUGUGCGUGGAUGCAACAUACAUUGGAUAUGAUAUGCCGGUGUAAUGCUCUGCUGUC